UACGGGACCGGCGACGCACACAAACCCUAAUUCGAGAACCAUCCCCUCCGACCUAGGCUAUGGCUUUCAUCGUGUCCAAGCUCGCGCGGGCAGCCCUCGCAUCCCGCCCCGUUGGAGAUAUUGCUGGUGUCCUCCCCCCGUGUCUCCCCCGGCUCUAUCUGCCGGCUGGUACCAGCCGUCGCAUGUUUGCAGCUGCAGGCGGUCCCAAGCCAAAAGAAGCACCUCGAAUAUAUCCCCUUGUUGAUGAGAAUUCCAUUAAGUCGAAGGAAUCCCUAUGGGCCUUGUAUGAAUGCUGGUGCAAGUAUUGGAGGGUAUCCCGUGACCGUGAAGAGAUGGUCCGCCGGUUCAAGUCAUUUGAGGCUGCUGCACUGUGGGUGUACAAAAUGAACAACUCUGGGUGUUCGCAAGUGUCUCAACUGGGCCCGUAUUCUGAUAUGUCACAGAGGGAGAUUGCUGAGCUGUUACCUCCACUUCCUGAGUAUGAUGAUGAAGACAUAGAAGAUACCUUUUUAUCAACGGGAAAGCCAGAGGCAUAGAACAGCAGGCCAUGUAGAUGCGAGCGCCGAACCAUUCCAUGUCUCUGACGAUGGGAGGGAGGGUGUACUGGCCGUCUCACACAAAUACAUCGACGUUUACACAAAAUAUUUGAUAACACAGUUAAGGGAAAACAAUGUCAACCUCAAGAAGGUGUAUAGCAUUAUUGGCAGCUCCUUCGGCUUGGUUGAGAAAUUGGCGUUCACAAAAAGAAUCCAUAGGAACAUAUGCGGCAAGAUAAGUCAUGAGCAAGCUGACGAUAAUGUGAUGAAAACGGCGGAGGUCUUCGUGGACAUUGUUGACUUUACUUACGGAGUUCUUGCUGAUAGUGAUAGUAGGGGGAAGACUUUCGAUGUAGACAAAUGGUCAAAAUCAGAUGUGAUAAAAAAUAGUUGUGUGUUUUAAUGAGCAAUGAUCCAUGCUUGUUCCU